GUAAAGGGAGGAAAUGAUCUUUUUGUUGAUCGCCUGAAGCUGGAGGAGCUGCAGAGUCUGUAACCCGCCGCCUGCUGUACAGGAGGACUGAUACAGCUCACAGUGUAAACAAAAGACCCCGAGUACAGUGGAGUUUGUAGCGGAGAGCCGGGGCUGCUUGGAACAGAGGGAGAGAGGGAGGACUGAUCUGUGGCUCUACCAGCAGGAAAACCUCUCUACACUUAAACCGCCGGGACGCCCCACUUCUGCUGCUUCUUCUGGAGUCAGAGGAGACGCAAGCGCACAGAUGCAGCUUUAAUAUCAUUCAUUUCCUACUGGAUAUAUUCAUUCACUGCUUUAUCUACAAACACCCCGCUGCUGCUGCUUCUUCUGACGGAGACUCUGAACUGGAAUGCCUGCGGCGACUCGGUCUCCAGCACAAAUCCGGAACUCAUCCGAGGGCAGUGGCUUUUGAUGAGAUCUAAGAAGAAGGACCUCCAGCGCACACGCUCAGCAGAAAGGAUCCAUGAGAACCUAGGCUAGACUACUUUGGGCAUGAUCCGCCUGGAGAAAUUGUCUCUCCGAAAACAGUUUGCCCUUCAGAAGUCAUCUUCACCUCGCCUCCGGGCCGUCUUUUGUUCCACGCUGGCUCUGAAGAUAAGGACUUAGAGAGGGCAGAGCAGGAGGGGUGUCGAGGUGUUGGGCAGGGGGCCACUGGCACACGAGGAGGGGGCAGCGCACUUCUCUGUAGGUGAGUGGGAGCCCGUCCUCGCACAUGCCGUCCCCUGCCCACACCGGUCCUGCCGCCCUCUGCAAUGGUGACAUGACAGCAGACGCCGCGGAGGACCUGUGCUUCACACCGUCGCCUUGUCUGCACCGCUUGUCAGAUGCUGUAAAUUGUUUUUGAAUAGAGGACAGCGUGUGUAGGUGUGUGUAUGUGUAUGUGUGUGUGUGAGUGAGCGCAUGUGUGUGCGUAAACUCAUCCGAGGGGCCGCAGGGUGAUGAUGUUGGUGUGUGGACGCAUGAGGCGGCUCUACCGGCAGCUCACGCUGCAGACCAGCCUACUGCUGCUCUUCCUCUUCUGCAUGGUCAGUGUACUCAUCUCAGCCUACUUCCUGUAUGGGGUCAAGCGGGAGCUGGAGCCCGCGGGGGUCGGGGGAGUGGACGGUACUGAGGAGGGCACCCCCGACUGGGAGGAUCCACAAGCGACCCCCUCCCCACCGUCCGCCAGGGUUCUUCCCGCAAGAACUGCCAAACCUGCAGACACGUCUCGCACCGACCCCGUGGUGCUGGUGUUUGUGGAGAGCCUGUACUCUCAGCUGGGCCAGGACAUCGUGGCCAUUUUGGAGUCAGGGCGCUUUCGAUACCAAACGGAGAUCGCCCCCGGCAAGGGCGACAUGCCCACGCUUACGGACAAGAACCGCGGCCGCUUCACGCUGGUCAUCUACGAAAAUAUACUUAAGUACGUCAAUUUGGACGCCUGGAACAGGGAACUGCUCGACAAGUACUGCGUAGAGUAUGGAGUGGGCAUCAUUGGCUUUUUCAAGGCCAAUGAGAACAGUUUACAGAGUGCCCAGCUGAAGGGUUUCCCCCUCUUCUUACACUCUAAUCUGGGCCUAAGAGACUGCAGUGUCAACUCCAAGUCCCCCCUGCUGCUCAUCACUAAAGCCCGCGAGGUGGAGCGUGGGCCCCUUCCUGGGGAUGACUGGACCGUUUUCCAGUCCAACCACUCCACCUACGAACCUGUGCUUCUGGCCCGGGGCCGGACGGCCGAAGCCGGGGGUACGCCCGGACCCCUGCAUGCAGCGGUGGUCCAGGACCUGGGUCUUCACGAUGGCAUUCAGCGAGUGCUCUUUGGGAACAAUCUGAACUUCUGGCUGCACAAGCUGGUGCUGGUGGAUGCUGUGAGCUUCCUUACAGGCAAGCGGCUGUCCCUAGCACUGGAGCGCUACAUUCUGGUGGACAUUGAUGACAUCUUUGUGGGCAAGGAGGGCACGCGAAUGAAGGUUUCUGACGUAAAGGCCCUACUGGAGACCCAGAAUGAGCUGCGAAUUCAUGUACCCAACUUCACCUUCAACCUCGGCUUCUCUGGAAAGUUCUUCCACGCUGGCACUGAUGAGGAGGAUCUGGGUGAUGACCUGCUGCUGUCCUACAGUAAAGAGUUUUGGUGGUUUCCUCACAUGUGGAGCCACAUGCAGCCUCACCUCUUCCACAACCACUCAGUGCUGGCCGAACAGAUGCUGCUCAACCACAAGUUCGCUGAGGAACAUGGCAUCCCCACCAACAUGGGCUACGCUGUAGCUCCUCACCACUCUGGUGUCUACCCCAUUCACAUGCAGCUGUACGAGGCCUGGAAAAAGGUGUGGGGCAUCAAGGUGACCAGCACAGAAGAAUACCCCCACCUCAAACCUGCCCGCUUCCGCAGAGGCUUCAUCCACAGUGGCAUUAGCGUGCUACCCAGACAGACCUGCGGCCUCUUCACUCACACCAUCUUCUACAAUGAGUACCCUGGGAGUCCAAAAGAACUGGACAAACUCAUCAACGGAGGAGAGCUCUUCCUCACUGUGCUGCUCAACCCUAUCAGCAUCUUCAUGACCCACCUCUCCAACUACGGCAACGACCGCCUGGGCCUCUACACCUUCAAGAACCUGGUGAAGUUCGUCCAGACCUGGACCAACCUGAAGCUGCAGACACUGCCACCCGUGCAGCUGGCCCAGAAAUACUUCCAGAUCUUUCCCGAGGAGAGGGAUCCCAUCUGGCAGGACCCCUGUGAGGACAAAAGACACAAAGACAUUUGGUCAAAAGAGAAGACCUGCGACCGCUUCCCCAAGCUGCUCAUCAUAGGCCCACAGAAGACUGGAACGACUGCACUCUAUCUCUUCCUGGGCAUGCAUCCUGACCUGACCAGUAAUUACCCCAGCAAGGAGACCUUUGAGGAGAUCCAGUUCUUCAACGGUCGUAAUUACCACAAGGGCAUUGACUGGUAUAUGGAAUAUUUCCCCCUGCCCUCCAACACUAGCUCCGAUUUCUACUUUGAGAAAAGUGCGAACUACUUUGACUCAGAGGUGGCGGCCCGGCGAGCAGCAGCUCUUCUUCCCAAAGCCAAGAUCAUCACCAUCCUCAUCAACCCAGCCGACAGGGCCUACUCCUGGUACCAGCACCAGAGAGCUCACGACGACCCUGUAGCUCAGAAGUACACCUUUCAUGACGUCAUAACCGCUGGCCGUGAGGCCCCCAUCAAGCUAAAGGUGCUUCAGAGUCGAUGUCUGGUGCCUGGCCUGUACGCCACACACCUUCAACGAUGGCUCAACCACUACCAUCCCAGCCAGAUCCUGGUUCUCGAUGGUCAGCUGCUGAGGACAGAGCCCGCGGCAGUCAUGGAUAAGAUCCAGAAGUUUCUUGGCCUCACGAACGUGCUCAACUACCACAAGAUCCUCGCGUUUGAUCCCAAGAAGGGCUUCUGGUGCCAGCUGCUGGAUGGUGGGAAGACUAAAUGUUUGGGGAAAAGCAAAGGGAGGAGGUAUCCUGACAUGGACGUGGAUUCACGCAGCUUCCUGAGAGAACACUACCGCGAGCACAACAUCGAGCUGUCCAAGCUGCUGUAUAAGAUGGGUCAGCCGCUGCCCAGCUGGCUGCGAGAGGAGCUGCUCCACAGCAGGUAGCCUGAGAAGGGCGCAGGGUGCAACAUAGAAACGGACAGACUCGCACACGUCCCUGCGCUCCAGAGGGCACUCUACCUCUCCAACCCUGCCCCUUUCCCUACACGGAAUCUCAGCUACUGUACCUGGAUAAGCCUAACCCGGGGCAGCCCACGAAGGCUCUCUCCCGCACUGGGCUGGAGGGGGGUGUGGGCUCCAGGAGGAGAGGAAAAGAAACGGAGACGAAAAUGCUGGGGCGGAGUGCCCCAAGGGUGACACUCGGGUCCCCUUUUGUUCUUGCAUUUCUUGCGUUUCGUUCUUUGGGAGAGCAAGCAAGCAAGCAAGAGUGCCCAGGAAUGUUUUGUCGGUACACGCACACACUGAGUGGGAGCUUCAAAAGAAAAAAACUUUCAUUUAACAAUUUUUCCUUUUUUGUUUUUUGUUUUCUUUCUUAUUUUAUUUUAUUUUUGUUUUAAUUCUCUUCCUGAUUGUACGUGUGUGCGCACAUGUAAGAGUUCAGCUCUACGUCGUCAUCGUCAUCGUCGUGAGUCACAGACACCUUCACACAUGCACAUACGAUUAUAGAGAAGACAUAGAAAAGGCAAAAGGACAGGCGAGAGAUUUUAUAACUAGAAUUUUAGAAUUGUGCCAGUCUGGACCGCACAGAGACCAAUAAACAAGGACGAACAAGUGCCAGGGGUGGAACCUUCAGCUCAGACUGCAUUAUUAUUUUUUUAUUUUGUUUAAUUGUUAUGGGUCAACUGUUUAAACAUUCUUUCAUUUUCAUUUCAUGUUGUGUUGCAGAACUAUUCAACUGUCAUUUCUGUAGGUUAAUUGUUUUUAUUAUUAUUUUUAUUUCCUUUCAGUGUGAGCCCAUGCAUUACAUCUACCCACUAGGAUGAAAUGUGACAUGGAGAUGAAUUUAGUUUGGAGAUAUUUAUGGCGUUAAGUUGCAAACCGUGGUACUUUUUAAUAAUAAACAAAAUAAGCUACAUCCAGAAUAAAUGUGAGUGUAAAUAUGGACAUGUAGAGUACCUGGAUAUCCUGAUCCGUGCAGUAAUUGCCUUAAUGCAACGCUAUUCAUUUGAAUUAAUUUGUCAAUGAUAUCCAUUACCGGAGGUAUUUUCAGUGUGCUUAGAGGGGGUGGUGAUCUCUUCGCUAGUCCAAAGACGAUCAUCAACAUCUUUAGCAUUUCAUUGCAGGUCCCAGUGAAGCCAGUAAAGGUUCCCAAUGGAGCCAGUGUUUUACAGUACAGAGUAUUACUGCUCCCCCUUUCAUUAUUUCAUUAUAAUAAGUUAAUGUUUUUCCACCUUUUCAAGAAUGUUUGUAUACUACUUGACCCUUUCUUUAUUAUUAUUAUUAUUAUUAUUAUUAAUGCCACAAAUGAUUGUCCCAGCAUAUCAUAUGUCACGUCACAUGUCUGUGAACAGCUCGGGUUGGUCAUUGGGAUGUGUCAAAGAAUGUAUUGCUUCCUUUGGGAGAGACACUGGCAUUGUGAGGGUUGUCUCAUUGAAAUGUGUUUUUUAUUUUAUUUUAUUUACCAGUUAUGGACUGCUAAUACAGCAUGUAAGUUACACCCAUGAAUGUAAGCAUGGACAUUUUUAUUACAGAUAUGAAAGAUAUGCCUUUUUAGGGGCAAUCAAAGUAGGCAGUGGAAACAUGCAUACAAUACAAGCUCCUGUUCCUCACAUUGAAGUUGGAUAGAUUUUUUUUUACUUUUUUUAUUUUUUAUUUUUUUUGCUGCUGUAUUUACAGUAAUGAAAAACUUCAGUCAUUUUUUUAUUUGUUCAUUUUUUAUGGUUCCUCUUUCAUUUGGGUCUUUUUCCACUUCUUUUUCUGUUAGUGUUUUAGAUUUGUUUUUAUAUGGACACUUUUUUUUUUUUUAGACUUUGACUGUCAUGCUUAGCUCAGCCACUGUUGAACUUUUAGUGUCUUUGAUGUAACCUACACUAUAUGGACAAAAGUAUUGGGACACCUACACGUGCGUUUGUGUCAUCCCAUUUUAAAUCACUAAGCAUUAUUUUGCAGUCAGUCCCCUUUGCAGCUCUAACAACAGCAGGUGUUUCAGACUUUUAUGCACUGUGUGCAUUGGAGCACUCUGAGACCCCACUCUGUAAUUUUAUGGUCUGCCACCUUGUAUAUAGCUACAAUAUAUCAUUUUAGUAUUGUUAUUUCAGUGUACAAAUGCACAAUAGUCACAUUACUGGGCAUGCAGUGUAACGUUAGGUAAGUUAGGCCAAACAUAUCAUAACACAACUUGAUUGAUACAAAAAAAAAUCUACUUAACAUUUGCCAGAGACACAUUAUAUUUCACUCACUCACAAAUAAUUUAUUGUACUACAGUAUUUGAUACACACAUGCCAUUAUUAAUAUCAGGCUGGAUUACUAAGUUAUAGAGAAAUGUAUUGACAAUUUCAGUAUUUUUAGUAUCGCUAUAUACAGCUCUGGAAGAAAAUUAAGAGGCCUGAAUCAGUUUCUCUGAUUUUGCUAUUUAUAGGUAUAUGUUUGAGUAAAAUAAACAUUGUUGUUUUAUUCUAUAAACUACAGACAACAUUUUCUUCCAAAAGAAUUUUGUAAUUUAGAGCAUUUAUUUGCAGAAAUUGAGAAAUGGCUGAAAUAACAAAAAAUAUGCAGUGCUUUCAGUGAGUUCAGAAAUCAAUAUUUGGUGGAAUAACCCUGGUUUUUAAUCACAGUUUUUAAUGCAUCUUAGCAUUUUUUACUCCACCAGUCUUACACACUGCUUUUGGAUAUAUUUAUGCCACUCCUGGUGCAAAAAUUCAAGCAGUUCAGCUUGGUUUGAUGUCUUGUGAUCAUCCAUCUUUCCUCUUGAUUAUAUUCCAGAGGUUUUCUAUUUGGUAAAAUCAAAGAAAUCCAUCAAUUUUAAGUGGUUUAUUUUUUUUCAAGAGCUGUAUAGCAGAACAAGAUAAUUGAUACCAUUGUGUACUGCAUUGUACUGUAUCGAUUUUCAAAGAUAUCAGUAUCUGUUUGACUUUACACCCCACUGUUCUGAUUGCAUUAAAAAAGUAAACUUUUUUUAUAUCUUUAGUCACCAAAAAGUAUUACAGUAAUUUAGAAAGCCUUUUAAAACCACCCACUCCUUUACAGAUGCUUAUAAACUGCUUAAUUUUUAUUUUAAAAUGUGCUUAUUAUUUAAUAAUAAUGUUAAAUGUUUAAAGGGUAUGUCCCAAUACUUUUGUCCAUGUAGUGUAUUUUAGAGCAGUGUGCAUCUCAGUGCCCUUCUAACCUGUAUUGGAAUAUACUGUCCUGUAACCUUCAUAUCAUAGAUGAUCACAUUUCUGUAUUUCUAUACAAUUGUUACACUGACAUGCCAAAAGUCAUGGGAUGGCAUUAUGCAAACUGAUCAUGAAGUGUUAUUUCAGGAUAUGGAUUGGGACCGUCCACACCUGCAGAGGUUUUGUGAGUGUUUAGCAUUCCUCGAUCCACAUGGUCACAUGGGUACUGAGAUACGUCAUCAAAGGCAUUACCUCCCAAAGUGGACAGUGCAGUGGGUGAUAAUGACUAGAAGUGUUCAUGUGAACAGAUAAACAUCUGGCAGAACUUGCACACACAUUCAGUGCAGGAGGCCCACAUGCAUAUCUUGCAGAUCAGUUCAGCAUUCUUUACCUUGUGUAGUGAGCAAAAGUCAUGGGACACGAUACUAUUUGAUCUUCUGAUUUAAAUCAGUACAAUGUGAAGGUGAAGGGGCACUGAUCCUAGCAGACUCAAGCUCUGUGCUUGAUAUAGAAAUGUCAAUGAUGUGCUGAUUUCACCGCAUGGCAUUAUUUUCCAUUUCAAAUCCUCAUUUUUGAAUUUAGACACAACAGUAUUUCUCAUUGGUCUUUCUUUCCUGUAUUGCAGUCUGUACCUGUACAAUCUAGCUCUUUCUUUAUCUCACAGUGCGAUGCUUCACAAGCAAAGUGUUGUUGUUGUUUUUUUUUUUAUUCCCUUUUCUUUCAUUCUUUGACCAAUAACUCUGGGAGAUGGUUUCUUACCUUCUGUUUAUCUGUGGAGCUCAAAAGCUGACACAUAUUUAAGUAUUUGAAUCAGAUUGAUUUUUUAUAUAUAUAUAUA